AUGGGUGUGGAUUACUACAAGUUGUUGCAGGUGGACAAAAAUGCCAACGACGACGACUUGAAGAAAGCUUACAGGAAGCUGGCCAUGAAAUGGCAUCCUGAUAAGAACCCUAACAACAAGAAGGAAGCCGAGGCGAUGUUUAAACAGAUUUCCGAAGCUUACGAGGUUUUAAGUGAUGCACAAAAACGGGCAGUUUACGAUCAGUAUGGUGAAGAAGGCCUUAAAGGCCAAGGCAUGCCUCCCCCUGAUGCCGGUGGGCCCGGUGGUGCAACAUUCUUCCAAACAGGCGAUGGGCCGAACGUAUACAGAUUCAACCCUAGAAAUGCGAACGACAUUUUUGCUGAGUUCUUUGGCUUUUCGAGCCCGUUUGGAGGGAUGGGCAGUGGUGGUGGAAUGAGGGGAGGUUCGAGGUUUUCCGGUGGAUCAAUGUUCGGUGGUGAUGAUAUCUUUAGUUCUUUUGGGGAGGCGAGGACUAUGAGCCCGGGUCCUAGAAAGGCGCCACCAAUCGAGCAGAAGUUGCCUUGCAGCUUGGAGGAGCUAUACAAGGGAGCUACAAAGAGGAUGAAAAUUUCUAGAGAGAUAUAUGAUGCCAGUGGGAAGACCUUACCAGUUCAAGAAAUCCUGACCAUCGACAUAAAACCCGGAUGGAAAAAGGGGACAAAGAUCACAUUCCCCGAGAAAGGAAACGAGCAGCCGAACAUAAUCCCUUCCGACUUAGUGUUCAUUAUCGAUGAGAAGCCACACAGCGUGUUCACUCGUGACGGGAAUGACCUUAUCGUCACCCAGAAAAUAUCACUUGCCGAGGCUCUAACGGGCUACACAGUCCACCUCAAGACCCUCGACGAUAGAAACUUGACCAUACCUAUAAAUACCGUGAUCAAUCCAAACUAUGAAGAGGUCGUGCGUGGAGAAGGUAUGCCGAUUCCUAAGGAACCCACUAAAAGGGGUAACUUGAGGAUCAAGUUCAACAUUAAGUUCCCGACUAGACUGACGGCUGAACAGAAGUCUGGGAUUAAAAAGUUGCUUUCUCCAUGA